UUUGUGUUGAACCUUCUUACACGGUUUGGUGUUGCUUCUACCGAGCUGUAGGACUGGGGAUCGACUGCACCACACCAUGGCGUCUCUCAAGGAAAACUUGCAGUUGGAAGAACCACUUCUCAAGGAUUCAGUUCUACAUAGAGGGGACCAAAUUGUUGACAUUAAAGGAACUCCAGCUCCUACAACGAAGAAUCGUACGGGCAGUUGGAAAGCAUGCAAGUUUAUCUUAGUGACUGAAUGCUUCGAGGAGCUAGCGUACUACGGGAUCCAGUUCAACCUGGUGACUUUCCUCAAGACGAUAUUGCGGCAGAGCAAUGUCUCGGCAGCAAGAAACUACACCAACUGGCAGGGGACUUGCUACAUCGCUCCCCUCGUCGGAGCUAUCGUGGCAGACUCCUAUCUGGGAAGAUACCGGACGACGCUGGCCUUCUUCGCAGUCUACCUGAUGGGAAUGGCUGCAAUGUCGAUUUCAGCAUCGAUCCCAGCGGCAUGCACCGGGCUCGACUGCCUGCAUCAGGACGCCUCGUCGUCGUCUUCGUCCCAGUCCGCCGUCUUCUUCCUUGGCCUGUACAUGAUGGCCAUCGGAGCCGGCGGCAUCAAGCCCUGCGUCUCCUCCUUCGGCGCCGACCAGUUCGACGACGGCGUCCCUGCCGAGAGGCUCAAGAAGAGCUCCUUCUUCAACUGGUUCUUCUUCUCCAUCUACAUCGGCAGCUUCGUCUCCGGCACCGUCGUCGUGUGGGUGCAGGACCACUGCGGGUGGGUCAUCGGCCUCUGGAUACCGACCCUCUUCAUCGCCUUGUCUAUCGGGAGCUUCUUGCUCGGCUCCAGCUCCUACAGAGUGCAGAAGCCUCUCGGAAGCCCGCUGGCAAGAGUUUCCCAGGUUGUCGUGGCGGCGUUCCUGAAGCGGAAUGUACGUUUGCCGCGUGAUGCUUCCCUUCUUCACGAGCUACUGGCCAAGGAUACAUCAAUGGCGGACGACGGUACCAAGAAGCUGCAGCACACACCAGUCCUCAGUUUCUUGGACAAGGCUGCGGUGAUCUCUUACACCGAAGAGCUUUAUUCUGAUCCAUGGAGGCUCUGCACCGUGACGCAAGUAGAGGAGCUCAAGAUCGUCAUCGGCAUGCUCCCGAUCUGGGCAACCGGGAUCGUUUUCUUCUCCGUACUCGCGCAGUUCUCCUCGACGUUCCUAGAGCAGGGGAGGAUGAUGGACACUUCGGUCGGCGCGUUCGCCAUCCCUCCGGCGUCGCUGGCUUCCUUCGACGCCGUCAGCGUCAUCCUCUUCGUUCCCCUCUACGACAGGGUGCUCACCCCGGCGGCGAGGAGGUUCACCGGCAACGAGCGUGGCUUCUCGGAGCUGCAGCGGUUCGGGAUCGGCCUGUUCCUGUCGGUCUUGGUCAUGGCGGCCGCGGCGGUGGUCGAGACGCGACGUCUAGCGCUCGACCGGACGGCGGCGGCGCCCAUGUGCAUCUUGUGGCAGAUACCGCAAUACCUCCUCGUCGGCGCCAGCGUGGUGUUCGCGUGCGUCGGCCAGUCGGAAUUCUUCUACAACGAGGCGCCGGAGUCGAUGCGGAGCCUCUCCACCGCGCUGGGGCUCCUCACAGUGUCGCUCGGGAGCUACCUCAGCUCACUCGUCGUGACGGUGGUGUCCACCGUCACCACGAGGGGCAGCGAGCCCGGGUGGAUACCCGAUGACCUCAACAAGGGUCACCUUGACUGCUUCUUCUGGCUCAUCGCUGCGCUCAGCUCGCUAAAUCUGGCGGUUUUCAUCUGCUGUGCCAAGAGAUACAAGUGCAAGAAUGUUUCUUAACCGUAGAAAUGCUUCUAGAUUUUAUUUCAUGGCUUGAGACAGUUGUAUAUUUCUACCGAGAAUGUUUCUUAACCGUAGAAAUGCUUCUAGAUUUUAUUCUGUUGCGAGUCGAGUUGCAACUUAAUUUUGUCCAGUUUGCAAGUUUAAAUAUGAGAGUGACAUCGCUUGACUUCUUCUCAGUCUAUCGAGAAUUAGUCACACAUAUAUUUACCACCUCUGCUUCAAAACAAAUACGGAGUAUCUCUACUACUAUAGUACACAAUUUUUUGAACAUUUGAAUCCACCUUCCUCUCCCCUUGUCCACCCGCCAUUGGCAAAAUAAUUUCACUAUUAGCCGUCGAUUUCACUCAA